GCAAAACACUCUUUGCAAGUGCUCAGCCUCCAGGAGCGCUGCCUGCAACCUCAGUUGGACCUCAACGAACGCAUCGACUUCUACGAGCUCUCGCUGCUGAAGGAUCGUCCAUGGGCAAGGCGUCAAGCACCCCUGGGAAACUGCGUUCAGGGCAUGCUGGAGGCUGUGCGCACCAGAAAGGGCAAGCGGCCAUUUGAGAACAUGAAGAUCCACUACGGCCUCCAGGACCUGUUCGAGGCCAGGCCCACGUCCAUGCAGUACAGGGAAUGCAACUGGGGUUACACAGGAGGCUGCCUGGCUUUGGUUCCUGCCGCUGUUGGUGGCGGUACCACGUUGCUCUGCCAUCCUUGUGGCGUCGAUCUGAACAACCUAGCCAUUUCGGAAUUCUCCCAAAAUGAGGACCCUGAGGGGCCCCUGGUUCAAAAGACGGGAACCGUUGUCCUCCAGAAACCCGAGGGCUCGGAGAGUCCCAUCUUUCAAGUCUGCACUCGGAGGAUUGAAGAUGAAAUAUGUUGCUGCAUUCGUCUGGAAGACCGGUGCCAGUAUGUCCGCCUUUAUGACUCGGUUGGGGAAGAUCCCAUGGUUCUCGCUGACUUCAGCUAUGACGACACACUCUGCUUUGUCAUGCCGAGCACCUAUAUUUUGGGCGAGCUUCUUUCCGUCACGCAAGCCGGAACCAUCUUGCUGCAGAACUGCGAAGACAGAGAGCCGACGUGGCAGGCGACGGCGUCGCACGAAGUGGAAAACUGCGACCAGUGGUGGUGCUGUGACUUUGGAAGUCAUCCGCGGAGCAUACUCUUCAUGGACCACGUCGCCGUGUACGCUUUGGAUGCACGGAGUUCCGGCGCAAGGCGGCGCAAGCUGUGCAGCAUUGAGAGGGACCCUUUCCUGAACGACAAGUUCACGCUGUUCAGGCAGAACCCUGUGAACCUUCACCAGGUGUACCUGGCCAGCUCGCUGAUGCUAUCGCUCUGGGACGAACGGUACCCCAUGCAGCCCAUGCUGACCUGGAAUCACGGCCUGAAGUACUCUCCGACCUUCCUUGACGCCGUCGCCGCUCCCUGUGGACAAGGCAGCCCUCGUGACCUCUACUUGACCUUGGGGUCACAGAGGUCGAGGGAAGUUGCCGUGUUCAGCGUAUCUCAGGAAUCGAUGUCGCUCCAGCCAGUUUCACUGCUUCCGCCUUGGCAUCUUUCGAAGCCCUGCGAUUUCUCGAACCAGCUGGUGUACCAGGGGUGCAAGAUUGAGGCGGCCAUCGCGAAACGUGUGACGGCCCCUCUCAUUGGGGCGUGUGUUGUGACGUGUUCGGGCGGCAGUCUUUCGGCACUCCAGCUCACUUCGUUCGGCGAUCUCUUUUGUCAGGACUUUGUAGUGGGCGGUGAGCACCUUGCCAGCAGGGGCAGUUGCAAGUUUGGCAUGGGGAGCGAUCUGAUCCCGGUCUCGGAAAUCCAAGAGUCCGUCCGGUCGUGGACGGAGCUCGCCAAAGUCGUUCCGAUCCCUGAGGAGGAGGGCCAUUUCAUAGAGUUCAGGAGCAUCUCAGGUUGCAAAGAGCGGCUCGGGCUACCGUACAACACCCACGAGACCACGGCGGACAAGACGCACCCCGAGGAACACGGCCACCACAGGUUUCGGCGCCCAGAGCUCGAAGAACUUGUGCUGAGAGCAAGGGCUGAGAAACGGACAAUAAGUUUCUCGGAAUGGAGUCGCGCACUUGGCGACGAGGAUAUAGCCGAGUGUUCCGAGGACGAGAGCGAGGUCGACGAUCUUUCCAAACUGCUUGGUGCCAUCCAUUUGACCAGCCUGGACAAGACCGGAAUGCGAUACCUGGAGAAAUGGACGGAGACGACACACGACGUAACUGACGAAUGGCAGCUGCCCGAAUCAACAGCAGACAUCUCGUUUACGGGGCUUUCACAAAGUCCGAAUCGGGAACCAAAGCAGCGGGCGAAGGUGCAGCCGACACAUCCACCGGUCGACGCAAUCACCAUCCACGACGACGACGACGACUUGCACACUGGGUUUAGCCAGGAAGUGACGGGCUUCAGUAUGGUGGAGGCGACAACCUCCCGCCAUCGAGUCGAGGCGGACGCAGACUGGGUCGUGAACGAGGACGACGGCUUUCUCUCGUUAGUGGAGGCGCCUGUCGCCAGCGAAGCAUCCCGCAGGCCCGGCAGAUCCGGCAAACAGGCCUUGAAGAGGAAACGAGCGAUCUCGGACGGGUUUUAAUUACUACAGAGUUUGGCGUUGUAGUGUACAUAAGUGCGAAGGGAAUGGCGUCGUCUCUCCGCCAGAUCGCGAGAAUAGGUGAGGCCGGAAGGGGUCUUCACUUCGGGAACAUGCUGAACCUGGUGAGUGAUAGCUUGAGGACUGGCUAUUGAGCGAAGACGACAACCUCUCUUUAAUAUUGCAGGCGUUGGUUGCCGGCGAAGCAUCCUGCAGGCCUGGCAGAGCCAACGAUUGGGGCUUAAGGAGAAAGUGAACUGCUUUGGAUGGGUUUUAGCUACAGAGUUUGUUAUAUAGGUGUACAUAAAUGCGUGUGGGGUGGUACUGCCUUUUCCGGCAGAUUGUAAGAAUGGGUGAGGACAGAAGUGCCUUGGGACCAUGUGGUGAGUGAUAGCUCAAGAGGAGUCUACUCGUGAGUAAGAACUCGAAGCUUACGAACAACUGCAGGUACAGUGUAACCGCAUAUAACGUAUGUCGCGGGAGUCACGAAAAUCCGCACAAUAAGCGGUGCCACGCUAUAACCAAAACAUCAGUUUUUCAGGCCAAAAUACAUGCCAUGAGACAACUUACCUUUGUAAAAGAAUUUAUUUUAUGUUAGAUGAAAAAUAAAGCUUAGUUUGAGGAAAGUCUUUAUUUCACCAGACUAGUACAA